AUGGAGGGCUUCGGCCGCCACUCUGCCUGGCCUUACCCUGACCUCUGGGAGCCCCCGCUGCCCAGCGGAGAGCGCGCGUCCUCGGCUCGGCUGCGCAGGCCCCGGCCCCAGACCCAGCUGGCGCGGGGCUCCUGGGCCGGGACUCUGGGCGAGGGGAACGAGGCCACGGCUCCCUGGACGCCCCCACACUGCUCGCCUACCCCGAGACCUCGCUGCCACCGGUCCCCUGACUCCCCGCGGGAAAGUCGCAGCCUGAGUGAUGUGGCCCGGAGGCCCCCAGACAGCGCCAGGAAGCACAGGCCCCGCAGCUGGCUCCUGAAAGAUGCCUGGGGGGAGCCAAGGACCCAGCCCCAACCGCUGGGGGGCAGCCAGCACAACCCGGCCUGGCCGCACCCGUCCCAGCUGUUACCCCAGCAGCCCCCGCCCCACCAGCACUACCCUCCAGCCCAGGGAGAUUCACCCCCACCGUACCCUGAGGGCGCUUACACUCCCCUAAGUGGAACUUUCGGGACAGAAGAGGGGCAGAGUGGAGACCCAUGGGCAGUGCCCGUCCACGGAGGUCUAGAUCGCUGGUCCCUUUCCUCACUUCCCUCGGAGAAGUCUUCUGCACCCUCCCAAGAGUUCAGGAUGCUGUCUGCGUGUGUGUACACCCCAAAGAGGGACAGUGGCGAUCGGGUGGAGUCAUUAGCCAGCCAGUACUUCCAGCCUGCAGUCUCCAGCAAGGAGAUGAAGAGCAAGCACACCCAGAUCCUCAAGAACAAACUGGAAGAGGCAGUCAUAUCCUCCCGGGACCAGAAGAUCGUGGCCCUGGUGCUGACCAGGCUCAAAAAGGCGCAGAGGAUGCGGGAGCUGCAGCAGCAGGCGGCGGCCGCCUGGGAGGAGCUCAAGCGCUCGGACCACAAGGUCCAGAUGACCCUGGAGAGGGAACGCAAGCUGCUGCUGCAACAGAACCGGGCCCAAUGGCAACGGGAGAAGGAGCAGCGCAAGGUUCGCCUGAGCCGGGAGCAGCGUGUCCCGCAGCAGUGGGUCAGCCACGCCAAGAACAUGAUCCAGCAGGACAACCAGUGGAAGGCGCAGUCGGAGGACCAGAAGACCCAGCGCCAGGACAAGCAGGCGAAGGCCCGCCCCGAGGCCAAGCUCAGGAAGCAGAGCCAGGUGCAGUGCCUGCCGGAGCAGGUGCAGGAGCAGGAGCAGGAGCAAGAGCAGAAGACGCUUCCCGAGCGGCGGAAACACAGCAGCCUGGAGCUGCAGGAGAGCCUGGAGCUGCAGGAGAGGCUGGAGCACACCUGUCACAAGAAGCAGCCGCACAGCACCGAGAGCCAGAAGAAGGUCCAGGAAGCCAAUCUCAGCUCCCUAGUCAAUUACCAGGCCCGGAAGGUGCUCAUGGACUGCCAGGCCAAGGCCGAGGAGCUCCUCCGGAAGCUGUCCUUGGAACAGAGCUCCCAGCGGUCCCAAGAGAUCCACAGGGGCCUGAUGAAGGAGCGUCACCGAGAGCUGAGGGACAGGGCCCGGAAGGAGGAGGAGCAGUACCAGCAGGUCAAGCUGCGCGCGGAAGAACUGGAGGAGCAGCGGAAGGUGCGCAAGCGGCUGCUGGUGCAGCUGGAGGACCACAAGAUCCAGCAGGCCAGGGCCAAAGCGCACAAGCACAUCAGCGACAAAGUGCAGCACAUUCGAGAGCUCAACAUCCUCCGGGAGAAGAACCAUCACAUCCUGAAGCUGAAAGCCGAGAAGGAGGAAAAGUGCCACAUCGAGGGCAUCAAGGAAGCCAUUAGGAAAAAGGAGCAGAGGAUGGAGCAGAUCUCCCAGGAGAAAGAGGCCGCUUUCGAGGAAUUCCAGAAGAUCUCCAGGGCCUGCAGGAGAGACACCCUGAAAGCGCCUGCCAACGGCUUCUUUGAUCGGGGGGCAGGGGAGACCCAGCCCCCCGCUGCUCCGCCCAGAGGGGGCUACUGA